CCGGCUCAGUCGUACACCGACCAUUUACCGAGCAACACGCGCCAUGACAGCGUUGUCUCAAAUAAAUUCGUCGCGAGUGUCGUAACUUUACGAUUUUUUGUGAACAUUACUAUGGAUAUGAUACUCCUAAGUGCUGUAUUGGUGCUGCUGCAAGGAUACGCAGCAGCGACGUGUCGUUUCCCCGGAGCCCCGGCGCAUUCCCGUGUGGAUUUCUCUGACGAGAGUCUGGCAGACGGGAGUGUCGCCAGCUAUACAUGCGAGCGCGGCUUCGAGCUCCUCGGCCCCGCCAGAAGGAUAUGUGGACAGGAUGGAACAUGGACCCCAGACGGCAUCCCCUUUUGCGUUCUAAACGUGGCGGCUGGUAAGGCGCCAAUGCAAAUCUCCACUGAUGAAAGCGGUGCUCCGCAGCGGGCGUUAGAUGGCAGCACUUCUGCAGUAUUCAGUGCCGAGACCUGUACCCUCACGAAGACCGAGCGCGUCCCCUGGUGGUACGUCAACCUAUUGGAGCCGUACAUGGUGCAGCUAGUCAGAUUGGACUUUGGCAAGCCUUGUUGUGGAGUCAAUAAGCCAGCUGUAAUUGUUGUUAGGGUUGGCAACAAUCGUCCAGAUUUAGGAACGAAUCCUAUAUGCAACAGAUUCACCGGAUUCAUAGAGGAAGGGCAACCUCUGUUCCUACCCUGCAACCCACCUAUGCCCGGAGCGUUCGUAAGCGUUCACCUGGAAGGUGCUGCUCCUAGCCAGCUGUCAAUUUGCGAAGCGUUUGUAUACACUGACCAGGCACUGCCGAUAGAGAGGUGCCCGCAGUUCAGAGAUCAGCCGCCUGGCAGUACGGCGACAUACAAUGGCAAAUGCUACAUAUUCUAUGAUCAGCAGCCGUCAAACUUCAGAGACUCACUAGCGUUCUGUAGAUCAAGAGGAGGAACGCUUGUUGACGAAAGCAAUCCAGCGCUGCAAGGUUUUAUUAGCUGGGAACUGUGGCGUAGGCACCGAAGUGACAGUAGCAGUCAGUAUUGGAUGGGGGCCGUUCGUGAUCCCCAAGAUCCCAAUUACUGGAAAUGGGUAAACGGCAAGGACGUUACCGUGUCGUUCUGGAACGCGCCGGGAGACGGUGAGGGUUGCGCCCGAUUUGAUGGCAGCAAAGGUUGGCUGUGGGCUGACACCGACUGCCAAGCGAGGCUGAACUAUAUUUGCCAGCAUCAACCAAAAGCAUGCGGCAGACCAGAGCAGCCACCAAAUUCGACAAUGACCGCUGACAGCUUUGACGUUGGUGCAACUGUUGAAUAUUCGUGCGAUAAAGGCCAUCUAUUAGUUGGGCCGACUGUGCGAACCUGUCUUGAUACUGGGUUCUACGAUGAAUUUCCACCAGUUUGUAAAAGAAUUGAAUGCGGCCUUCCUGCAGAAAUCAGGCACGGAACAUACGUGUUAGUAAACGGAACAACAUCGUAUCUAUCGCAUGUGCAGUACUACUGCGAGUCCGGCUACGAAAUGGCCGGUCGAUCGCGGCUUGUGUGCGAUAUAGACGAGCGGUGGAACGGACCUCCACCACGAUGCGAAGUGGUGCAAUGCGAGAAACCCGUGCCGAUACAAAAUGGUCGAGUGUCAGUGUCGGGCAAUGCGUCCGUGUUCGGCGCUGUGGCAGAGUAUGAGUGUGCGCGCGGACACCGGCUGCUGGGGCCGCGGCAGCGCGCCUGCCUCGCCACCGGACUCUGGGAUCAGCCCGCGCCGCAAUGCCAACCCGAGGAACGGGCGACCACUACAACGACCACAACUACUACAACAACGACAACAACAACAACAGCGCCGCCAACAACAACUACACCCAUACCCCUAACAUCAUCAUCCACCACUCCACGGUUAGUCCUUCCCACCAGACCUCGUCCGUCACAGCGCCCGAUAUCUUCCCCGACUCCCUUUGCUCCGGCGGAGACUUCACGGAGACCAAGACCGAAGAUCACAACCACGGACAGACCAACAACUAGAUCGUACGAAAAGCCGCCACCGCGCAAAGUGACUGUCAGCGACUCACAAGACGCCGCUACGAGCCACGUUCCCCAUAUUAUUGUAGCCAGUCAUCCCAGAGAAAAUCAAAUAUUGGGAAGCGGCAAUAACAUACGCGCUGAGGAGACUCCUCGUGUCAAUGUGCCGCAGCCGGUGGACGGCGAGCGUCGGGAAGGUGCACGUCUUAACAUCGGCUCCAUAAUCGCGCUCGGCUCCUUCGGCGCACUCGUCUUCCUUAUCGCCUUGAUAACUACCAUAGUCAUCCUGUUUAGGAGCAGGAAACAUAACCACGGAAAGAGGUAUAGACACCACGUGUCUCCGGAUUGCAACACGGUGGCGUCGCUCGACUCGUCCUCUUCAGAGUCACGUAGCGGCCUCAACAGGUAUUACCGACAGGCGUGGGAAGAACUCCAUGAGGCCGCCGGCGCCAAGCACGGCCAUAGACGACACGAACGAGAAGCCCCCAAAGACGGCUCCGAACUGGUGGUGGCCGACGUUUGCCCCGCGCCCCACUCGCGGGACAAACGCCGUCACCACCACCACCACCGCCGUGACUGGGCGCCCUCGCACCGUCCCCACCACAACCACAAACCUAGACAUUAAAAUUAUUAUCAAAAACUAUAUCCUUCAAUACACAAAGCGUAUUGUAAGUUAUGUUUAGGCAAUUUAAUUUAAUAUCUAAUUUAUUGAAAAACUUUGAAGUCUUUAAGGUUUGACGUAACCUCAAGGUUUUUACCACUAUGCUAGUUUUAUACUUCUGUUUGUCGAUUUACUAACUAAUUAAGAUAGUUCGUGAGUUCAUGAAUGUAGUCGUUCAUUUGAGUGGAAU